UUUUGGGCAUCCCUGUCCACCAUGCGCGCCUAAUUAGUCCCAUGAGCAUUUAUGAUCUUCUUCCUCGUCUUCGUUUCUCCAAAUCUUCCUUUUUCCAACAUUAAAAUCCAUCUUCUUCCCUCUCCCACUUUCUAAUCUCUCUGUAAAUCCCUCUCCACUGCCUGACAACCGAGCGGAUUCCAAAAUAUGUCGCGGCAAUCAGUUCCCAACCGAGCUCUUCAACGCACGCAAAUUCUAACCAAUCACAUCCUUCAAUCUUCUUCGCCCUCCAACUCCUCGCUUUCACCUAAUGUUUGCCUGCAGUUCUCUGCUCCCGAACUUACGGAGAAAUUCGAUUUUGACGUCAGAGAAAUGCGGAAACUCUUGGACGCUCACAAUCUAGAGGACCGUGAUUGGUUGUUCGGGUUGAUGAUUCAGAGCAAGCUGUUUAAUCCUCAAAAGAGGGGAGGCAGGGUGUUUGUGUCCCCGGAUUAUAAUCAGUCGAUGGAGCAGCAGAGAGAGAUGACGAUGAAACGGAUCGCUUACUUUUCGGAUAAAGGGGUCUUCGAUGGGUGGUUGACUGAAGAGGGACCCAAGGCUGAACUUAAGAAGCUAGCUAUCUUUGAGGUUGUUGGGAUUUAUGAUCACUCUCUCGCGAUUAAGCUUGGUGUUCAUUUCUUCCUGUGCCUCAGGGGAGGAGCCAUCCAGUUUUUUGGCACAAGGCGUCACCAUGAGAAGUGGCUAAGGGAGACUGAGAAUUAUGUGGUCAAGGGUUGUUUUUCAAUGACUGAACUGGGACAUGGAAGUAAUGUACGAGGAAUCGAAACUGUCACCACUUACGAUUCAAAUACCGGAGAAUUUAUCAUCAACACUCCCUGUGAAUCAGCUCAGAAGUACUGGAUUGGUGGGGCUGCUAAUCAUGCAACACAUACAAUUGUAUUUUCACAGCUCGUGAUAAAUGGAACCAAUCAAGGAGUCCAUGCAUUUAUAGCCCAGAUCAGGGAUGCAGAUGGAAACAUAUGUCCAAACAUCCGCAUUGCUGAUUGUGGUCAUAAAAUCGGUCUGAAUGGUGUCGAUAAUGGUCGAAUCUGGUUUGACAAUGUCCGGGUUCCAAGAGAAAAUUUAUUGAACUCAGUUGCUGAUGUUUCACCGGAUGGACAAUAUUUGAGUUCAAUAAAAGACUCCGAUCAGAGAUUUGCAGCAUUUUUGGCACCUCUAACCUCUGGCCGUGUCACAAUUGCAGUCAAUGCAGUUUAUUCAUCAAAGAUUGGUUUGGCUAUUGCUCUAAGGUACUCAUUAACAAGGAGGGCCUUCUCUAUUACACCAAACGGGCCUGAGGUUCUACUGCUUGAUUACCCCAGUCAUCAACGAAGACUGUUGCCUCUCCUUGCAAAGACAUAUGCUAUGAGCUUUGCUGGAAAUUACUUGAAAUUAUUGUAUGUGAAGAGGACUCCAGAGACAAGCAAAACAAUCCAUGUUGUUUCAAGUGCAUUCAAGGCCACGAUUACAUGGCAUAACAUGCAAACGCUUCAGGAAUGUCGUGAAGCCUGUGGAGGACAAGGCUUGAAGACUGAAAAUCGUGUUGGUCAUUUGAAGGGUGAAUAUGACGUCCAGUCAACUUUUGAGGGAGACAAUAAUGUGUUGAUGCAGCAGGUAAGCAAGGCUCUCAUUGCAGAGUAUUUAUCAGCUAAGAAGAAAAAUAAACCUCUAAGAGCAUUCGGACUGGAGCAUAUAAACAAGCCUUGCCCUGUCAUUCCAUCUGAGCUUAAGAGUUCUACCCUUAGGUGCAGCCAGUUCCAGAUUGAUGCUUUUUAUUUAAGAGAGCGAGAUCUUUUGCAACGUUUUGCUUCAGAGGUCUCACUGCAUCAAGCGAAGGGAGAAAGUAAAGAGUAUGCCUUCAUGCUGUGUCAUCAACUGGCAGAAGACUUGGGUAGAGCUUUCUCCGAAAGAGCAAUAUUGCAAAACUUUAUAGAAUCAGAGUCUGCUUUGCCGUCCGGUUCACUGAAGAACGUCUUAAGUGCAUUGCGAUCCAUGUAUGCAUUGGUCUGUUUGGAAGAAGACCCUUCAUUCCUUCGAUAUGGAUAUUUAUCAGCAGACAACAUUGCUGCAGUGAGGAAAGAAGUUUCAAAACUGUGCAGUGAAUUGCGACCGCAUGCACUUGCCUUGGUUGAUUCCUUCGGCAUCCCUGCUGCAUUUUUGAGCCCCAUAGCUUUCGACUGGAUUGAAGCGAAUUCUUGGUCUUCUGUUCAAGGUUAGUUUGCUUGUCACAUGCCUCGUGCAUCGCCAAUAAUUGAAGCUAGUAAGUAAAGUGCUCUGCUUGUGAAACUAUUUUAGGCAAUAAAGAAAACCUUAGUAUCAUAUGUAUCUCAAUUUUAUGAGAAAGGCUCCUCUAGAACAAAUUAUCAAUAAAUCAUUUAGGUUUUAUCCUCAAAACUGCAA